AUGGCCGCAUCAGCUGCGGUUUUCGCCAUCCCCGAGCUUGUCGAGAACAUUCUCGAGCACUUGCCUGCGCUCACUCUGUUCAAACUACGUCAAAUUAACAGCACCUUCGACGACACCAUCAAGCAACGAAGAUUCCGGGCCGCCAUGCUCCUGGAGCCCAGCGACCGUCUCAGCCUGUUCCGCCUCGUGCGCCUACUGCAAUCUUCAAACCUGCAACGAGCACUUCGACCAUUCAAAAUCCUCAGCGUACACACCAUUCUCAACGGCCAAGAGCUCCAGAUGAACGUCGGCACUAGCAAGAUCCUCUCACCAAAAAACAUCGACCGCACCUUGGCACAGAUCGAGAGCCAGGUCGUCCCUUGUAGCCAGCGAGACGCUUCAUGGCGCAAGAUCAGACUCGACCGCGGCCUAAAGAAUCUGAGUGUCGACUUCUGGAGACCUGGACCCUGUGCGCUGCCUCUUUCCGUGAAUCAGCAUUACACACCACCGGAGGUUAAUACGAUUGGCGCUGUUGUGGAUGAAGCGGUCGCUUGGCUGGCAAAAGGCAGCGAGCGGCAGCAGCGGAAGCUGUAUGAGGCCGAGAUAUUCAAGAGGACAGAGCUCAUGGGAGAGUUGCCAGCUGGUGAGUCGGGCGGAGACUGA